AUGCCACGCCAACCAGGUAAUUCCAGUUCCAUGAAUUCUCUUCACACUGUUACGCCUGAAGCAUACAAUCAAGAAAUAACAUACGGGAUUAAUUCUAUAGACUGCUCUUCUACACAAUUUAAAGUCAUUGAUUUAUUCGAAGUUUCUCAGGAUACUGACAAGUACAUAGUUCCUGUUCAUCUCAACGGGAAGUUACAAAAUUUUGAAGUCGAUUCCGGAGCCAAAUUUUCACUAUUGUCAGAGACUGAUUUCAAUCGCCUAAAUUUAAAUUUACCCUUAGAAAAUUCUAAUAUUGCAUUUCGCACAUAUUCUGGGGAUAUCAUUCAAUCUAAAGGAAAAGUACAUGUUAAUGUUGCAUUCCGAGGCAAGAAAAUUUUUGGAGAACUUCACAUCGUUCCAGCAGGAUGUGCGGCUCUUCUUGGUCGUCAGUGGAUUCGAGGAUUAGGAAUUAAUCUUCAACAAAUAGACGCUGACACAUCGAACACUCCAGUUCAAAGAUCACCUGUUCACCAGGUCAGUCCUAUCUACUCACUUCUAGAAAAAUUUUCGCCACUUUUCGAAGAACGAGUCGGAUGUGUUCCCAAUUUCAAAGUUUCUCUUCAACUUCGAGACGGAGUAAAACCCGUUUUUACAAGGGAACGCGACGUUCCUUAUGCUCUCCGGGAACGUGUUAACAAGGAGUUGGACUCUCUGGAAGCAGACGGAGUAAUAUCCUUAGUUCCUGCAAGUGACUGGGGGUCGCCAUUGGUAGUAAUUCCCAAACCAAAUGGUGGUGUCCGGUUAUGUGUCGAUUACAAAUGUGGUGUAAAUGAACGACUAAUUCAAUCAAAUCAUCCAGUAAGAAGAAUAGACGAUGUAUUUCAUAGCCUUCGUAAUUCCAGAUAUUUUUGUAAAUUAGACCUUUUCAAAGCUUACCUUCAUCUAAAUGUUGACGAGGACAGCAGCAUGAUCCAAACCAUUUCAACACAUCGUGGUACCUAUUGCAUUCAUAGGCUUAGUUUCGGAAUCAAGACGGCUCCAUCCGAAUUUAAUCGAAUUCUUUCUCAAAUUCUUAAAGGUCUACCGAAAACAGAAUCAUAUUUCGACGAUAUCAUUGUACACGGAGAAACACUAGAAGAAUUUAGAAUUUUGUUUACAAAGAUUGUAUGA